AUGCCUCUCAAUGCAUCCUCCCCUCUGCAUUUGCACCUGUUGCAAAGUUCGGCUUUGAUAGCGCUCUGUGUUAUUUCCGCUCCAUUUUGCACUCUUUUUGCAAUUUUCAGCUCUAUCGUCUCGCGAUACAUUGAUACCCAGACUCGCCAAAUACAGGAGAGAAGAGCAUCGUAUUCUUUCCGAAGUCGGACAGUGCUGGUGACCGGUGUUGGAAUGAGUAAGGGUCUUACAAUCGCUCGAUCAUUUUACCUUUCUGGCCAUAGGGUAAUCGGCGCUGAUUUCGAACAUUACGGAAUACCAGUUUGCGCGAGACUUUCGAAAAGUCUGUCAAAACUUUACAGACUUCCCAAUUAUACUUCUGCAGAGACGUACACCCAAAGGAUACUCGAAAUUGUGAAAGUCGAGAAGGUGGAUCUGUGGAUUAGUUGCUCUGGAAUCCAUUCAGCAAUUGAAGAUGCCGAAGCAGCAGAACGAUUGGAAAGAGAGACCAAUUGCAAAGUCGUCCAAUUUGACGUCGAGACAACGAAAGUUUUGCACGAGAAAGACUUAUUCCUUGAGAGCACGCGAAAGAUUGGUCUCUCUGUUCCAGAUACACAUUCGGUCACCUCCACAGAAGAUGCCAUGAAAGUAUUACGUCUGGUCGACCCAUCCACUAAUAAAAUGCGGUAUAUCAUGAAGAGCGUCGGAAUUGAGGAUUCGAUUCGAACAGAUAUGAGACUUCUUCCCUUGCAAUCAAAAGCUUCUACCAGUGAUUAUAUCUCAAGCUUGCGGCCAAGUGCCAAGAGACCGUUCGUACUGCAGGAAUUUAUGGGUGGCCAAGAAUAUUGCACACAUGCAUUGCUUGUGCGUGGAAGGGUCAGGACAUUUACAGCAUGUCCUUCUUCAGACUUGUUGAUGCAUUAUCAAGCAUUAUCGCCGGAUUCAGAAUUGUUUAUGGGAAUGCUGAAAUACACAGAGAGAUAUGCACAAAACAUGGGGGAAAAUACGACAGGGCAUUUCUCCCUUGACUUCUUCGCCGAUGAGGUUGAGAUUGGUGAGAAGAAAGUUCUCAAACUGCGGCCGAUCGAAUGUAACCCAAGGGCGCACACUGCUGUUGUCCUAUUUGGCGAUCAGCGAGAAGAAAUGGUGGAGGCUUAUCUGAGUGUUUUAGAUGGGAGCGAUUCAGAGAAGCCUGUCAUCGCAAAACCUUUAAGCUUAGGGAAUUAUUGGAUCGCGCAUGAUCUGGCGACUCGCUGCAUUAUUCCAUUUUUGGAACUCCUGGUUUUCAGGACCAACUCCUCGGCAGUUUUGUCUAAGUUGAAGGAGUUCAGGGAGCACUUGACCUAUUGGAAAGACGGGACAUAUGAGGUUUGGGAUCCGUGGCCGACGUGGUGGUUGUAUUUUGGAUACUGGCCACUGUGGUUGUUAGUGCGGAUCUCAAUAGGCAGAUGGUGGAGUAGGUGUAAUGUCAGUACAUCGAGAUUUUACGAAUGCUAUUAG